GAGUAUAUAGUUCUCGCAUUCCCAAAAAAAAACACGUAUGUAGUUCUCAGCUCCAUAUUCCUUUCAAAACCAACCAACACCGAUUCGUGACUCUCUCUCUCUCUCCUAUCACUCCAAUUCAAAGAUAAACCUCGUUUUCCAGGGCUCAAAUUUCGAUUCUUCGCAGAGUCAAGUCACCAAAGUCAGAAUUUUGAGCUUGGUUUCAGUGAUCUGAGGGUCAAUUGAGUAGUGGGUAUUGGUUAGAAUUUGAAAAGAAAUGAGUUACAGAAGGAGGUUUGGGAAAGAUAAUAGUGCCUGUGAUAGUGGGAAUGCUGUUGAAGGUUCUGCUUCAAGUGAAGAAGCCAAUGAAGCAUCAAAGAGCCUUGAUCAUGAAGUGGCUCACCUCACUAAGCUUAGAUCAAGACCCCAUCAGCAUUUGAGGGGGGUCUUGCCCGGAAAGUUGAGGUUUCCGGUGUCAACACUGAAAAUGUUGAUGGGCCGUGAAGGUAAUUAUUCGGGGCGAGGGAGGUUUUCGUCAGCAGAUGCUUGUCAUGUUUUAAGCCGGUAUCUGCCCAUUAAUGGUCCAUGGGGGGUGGACCAGUUGAAUAGCCCUGCAUAUGUUUCUCAGUUCUCAAAUGAUGGCUUGUUUUUUGUUGCUGGAUUUCAGGGAGGUCAUAUUAGAAUAUAUAAUGUUGAAAAGGGAUGGACAGUUCAGAAGGACAUUCUAACCAAAAGCUUGAGAUGGACAAUUACCGAUACAUCUCUAUCACCAGAUCAACGAUUUCUUGCAUAUGCUAGCAUGUCACCUAUUGUCCAUAUUGUCAAUGCUGGAUCUUCUACAACAGAGUCACUUGCAAACAUUACGGAAAUACAUGAAGCUCUGGAUUUUUCUGUUGAUUAUGAUGAAGAAUUUGGAAUAUUCUCUGUUAAAUUUUCAACUGAUGGGCGAGAGCUUGUGGCUGGAAGUAGUGAUGCUUCAAUACAUGUUUAUGAUCUCCAAGCAAACAAAGUUAGCCUCAAAAUACCAGCGCAUACGUCAGAUGUAAACACAGUGUGUUUUGCAGAUGAGACUGGCCAUCUCAUAUUUUCCGGCAGUGAUGAUAACCUCUGUAAGAUCUUCAGUGACAGAAACUUUAGCAUCAUCGAUAUGCUUUUACAGGUGUGGGAUAGACGCUGCUUUAUCACGAAAGGGCAAGCAGCUGGGGUUCUCAUGGGACAUCUUCAAGGCAUAACGUUUAUUGAUAGUCGGGGAGAUGGACGUUACUUAAUAUCAAAUGGGAAGGAUCAGACUACCAAACUUUGGGAUAUACGGAAGAUGUCUUCUAGAAAUAUGUAUCCAAGGAUUACAGAUUGUGACUGGGAUUACAGGUGGAUGGAGUACCCAGCUCAUGCAAGAACUUCGAGACAUCCCUUGGAUCAGUCGUUGGCUACAUAUAGAGACCAUUCAGUCCUGCGCACUUUAAUUCGCUGUUACUUUUCUCCAGCAUAUAGCACUGGACAAAAGUACAUCUACACUGGAUCUAGUGAUCAUUCGGUCUAUAUUUAUGAUCUGGUGACUGGAGCUCAAGUUGCGAAACUCUUCCAUCAUGAUGGACCUGUAAGAGAUUGUAGUUGGCAUCCUACAUAUCCCAUGUUGGUCAGUUCUUCCUGGGAUGGGAGUAUCGUGAGAUGGGAGUUUCCGGGAGAUGAUCAAGUUCCUACCCUGGUCAAGCCAAGAGUAAGGCGGAGGAGAGCUUUCUACUGAGGAUGGCUCAUUGCUUUGCACAUUACAAGAUGUUCUUGAUUUUAAAUUUUUUAAAUAGUUCUCAAAUUUGAAAUAUUAUGCUCUGUAGUAAAGGUGCAGUCAGUUAACUCAGUACAGGGAAGUUAUAGGUCUUUCUUCACAGCUGUGUAAUGGCUAUACAAAUGUAUAUAUAUGCUCAAAAUCCAUAUGGUGUAUAAAGUGCAUAAACAACGUCCAAAUGAUUUGUUCUUAGUAUUCAUACAUGUUUGCCAUAAUC